UUGCGUCACUCUCCAAGAAGCAAAACCCAAAUUCUUGUUUUUCUCUUCUGGGUUCGUUCGUUCGCUUGAAAAGGCGACAGCUUUGCUAGUGAAUCGGUAACCCUUCACUUCCUCCGCGUCCUUCCAGCUUCUUCGGAACUCCAUCCAUGGCCGCGACCGCCGCCGCCCCCUCCGCCGCCCCCUCCGACGCCGCCGCGGCGCUGGCCCUCCCUCUGAAAGACCGGGUGGCCAUCGUCACCGGCUCCUCCCGUGGGAUCGGCCGCGCCAUCGCCCUCCACCUCGCCUCCCUCGGCGCCAAACUCGUCGUCAACUACACCUCCCCCGGCUCCUCCGCCCAGGCCGACGCCGUCGCGGCGGAGAUCAACUCCUCGUCCCCCGGUGGCUCCUCCGCCGUCUCGGUCCGGGCCGACGUCUCGGAUCCUGACCAGGUGAAGUCCCUCUUCGACGCCGCCGAGGAGGCCUUCAAGUCGCCGAUCUACGUCCUGGUGAACUCCGCCGCCGUCCUCGACUCCAAGUACCCCACCCUGGCCAACACCUCCGUCGAGGACUUCGACAAGACCUUCAGUGUCAAUGCUAGAGGGGCAUUCUUGUGCUGCAGAGAGGCUGCAAACCGGCUUAAGCGGGGCGGCGGAGGCAGGAUCAUAAUGCUGUCCUCAUCGCUGGUUGGCGCGCUGAAGCCGAACAUGGCGGCGUACACCGCCUCGAAGGCAGCUGUGGAGACGAUGGUCAAGAUCCUGGCCAAGGAGCUCAAGGGCACCCGCAUCACCGCCAACUGCGUUGCUCCCGGUCCCAUCGCAACUGAGAUGUUCUUCGCUGGGAAGACCGAGGAGAUGAUAAAAAAGGUGAUCGACGAGUGCCCACAUAGCCGGCUCGGCGAGACCAAGGAUGUCGCCCCUCUUGUCGGGUUCUUGGCCAAUGAUGCUGCGGAGUGGGUCAAUGGACAGGUGAUUAGAGCUAAUGGUGGAUAUGUGUAGGUUGGUGGAUCCAAGCUUAUAAUUACGUCAUUCUUGUCCAGGUAUUUUGCCUGAAAUGUGUGACCUUUGCCUCUAGAAUUCUGUGUUCUCUUUGUCCGAUUGAGACGUUGAUCCAUCGGUUCUUCGACAUGGUCUGAGAUAUGGCUGAAACAUAAGCUCCAAUCCUCUGGCAGUGGUAGAAUUGAUUAAACCCGGUUUGUCGGUAACUAGAAUCAAUAUCUCUAGCGCAGGUAGAGUUGAGGGUAAAGAUAUUCUGCGCAGGUGAAUCCUUUUACCUGUAUAGGUUCUUCGGCAAUGAAGAUUCUGCAGAAGGUAGACAGCAACUUAUGAGUAA